AUGUCUAAUGACGAGGUGGCCGAGACGGCGGUCGAUGGGAAACAAACUGACCAUGUAAUCCAUGUUGAUGGCGACAGUGAUACCAUCUCGGUAUUGAGUGAGAGCACCUUAACCGCUGGCUCCGAUACUCUUUCAGUAACUGACACUGAACAACAUUUAGGAGAAUCUGAAGUUGAGAUUCACGUGAUUCUGCACGACACUACUAAUCGCACGAGGACAGGUGCGACAGUCAGAGUGGGCCGCGACGGGGCACACAUUCAUUUAGUAAGAAUUUUUAGGAACGAACAAUUGACAGUUGUCAGACGAUAUAACACCGAGCGCUGGGGAGGCGGCCAUGGUAAAUCGGGUUGGGAGAGAGCGCGCACGCACCCACGUGUUCUAAUCGAAUGUCUUAAAUCACUAAUAAUUAAGAGUGUUGAAGAUUAA